AUGGGGCAUCAAAAAUUAGGUUGGUGCAGCUACCGAAUUGGCCUUUGCUUGCGGAGGCCAGAAGAGAACCCGUUAGACCUCAACAAUUUGCCAGAUGACUACUCUAGGGAUGGUAAACAAGUUCUUGAAGACGAUUUCUCUGGUUUCAGUAAAAAGAAAAGCGGCGGGGAGGAUGCGAAAGAAGAGUGUGGUAAGGUCUACGAGUGUAGGUUUUGUUCCCUCAAGUUCUGCAAAUCUCAGGCUCUUGGAGGUCACAUGAACCGCCACCGCCAAGAAAGGGAAACCGAGACCCUUAACCAUGCUCGUCAACUCGUCUUCCGUAACGAUCAUUCCAUGGCUGCCCAAGGGGCCCCUCACUUAGGGUGCUGCCAACCGGUAGUGGCAGGGAGUUACAACAACAUAGGAGAUCCAACUAUGUCUCUGAGGUUUCCCAGAUACUUGUCUGCUGCUUCUUCAACAUCGUCUCAAGCUUCUCAUUCAUACCUGUACGCUUCGUCCUCACGACCGGUCUCAUCCUUUCCUUCACACUAUCACCAACCACCAGCUGUGAGCGAUUACUAUGUGGGAACCAGUAGUACUGGGAGCGGCGAGCCUGCUGGCUACGCCUGUAUCGGUGCACCGGUGGGCCAUGAAGGGUCACUUCACAGCUAUGCCUAUUCUGCAGCACAGCACCGUCUGGAUCCUCCUUCAGCGAUCAAUCGGUUUCAAGAUGGAUUUUGA